UGCUAAGCUAACGUUGUUGCUAAUGCAAUGCUUGUGUACUUUUUUUUAUAGUUUUACGACGGUCUAAAGAGGAACCUGGUUUAAGGCCAUUUUAUUAAUAAAUCAGAUGAAAAAGGAAGAAGUCUGAUUAUUAAGGCGUCGUUCAGCAGCUGUCUAGCUUUGGAAAAAGUAGACGCUUCGGAGUGAGGACAGCAUAGACAGAUUUAAGUGACAGUAGAGUGAAAUGCCCACUACAGUCCUUAUGUACCGUAUGUUGAAUUUAUAUAUCCAUCUUGUGUCUUAUCUUUCCAUUCCAACAAUUUAUUUUACAGAAUAUAUAUAUAAUUUACAGAAAAAUAUGGCAUAUUUUAUAGAUGGUUUGAAUUGCGAUUAAUUGCGAUUAAUUACGAUUAAUUAAUUUUUAAGCUGUAAUUAACUCGAUUAAAAAUUUUAAUCUUUUGACAGCCCUAUUUUUUUCACAACGUUUCAAAAUGCAUGCAUGGUAUGAAAAAUAUAAUAAUUACCUUGGAACCUCGAACAAAUCACUUCUGAGACAAUCCUUCCUGUUUGUAUGCGAUACAGCUUUCGUACUUUUUCAACCUAAAUCCGGCGUUGGAUAGCUGCAUGUGUUUGAGAAUAACUUCGACCGACUGAAGCGGAGUGUAGGAAGGCCCCCUACUUGAAGGCGUGGUGCAGUGUCUGGGGAUGGUGUCCCGUCAAUAUAAUUAUGAAGUCUAUGGCACAUAUAACUAUUCUCUGGAGUAUUUUGAGGUUUUUACGAUAAACUGGAAAUGUGUCACACAUUUGACCCGUUAGGUUAGCCAGUCCCAAUUGAGUAUUUAUUGUAUGUUAAAUGCACCAUUGUUGUUGUGUGGUUAGCACUUUUUGCCUUGUCAAGGAAAAGCGGUCUGAAAAAUAUACAAUUGAUGUUGUGUGAUGUUUGACUCAAUAGCGUGAAAGCUAUUGUCUGCUUACAGUGAAACAGCACAGCGUGUUGCCUUAUCACAGCGCCGUAUUCAGCUGGCAUCUUUGGAAACCAGAGCCUAUCUCACUGCAGUGUUCUCUUUUUUUUUUGUGCGGUUGUGAAAGGAGAAGGUGGGCAGAGGCGACACGAGAAUCACCGCUGAUUAGUCAGCCUCCCAGCGGUCUCUUCUCUGUCGCCCUCCCGCCGAGUUGCCUGAUUGAGUUCGCCGAGCGAGCGUCUGCAACAUGGAGCGAUUUGAAGCAGCGUUUCGGAUCUACGACGACCAGGCCACUUUCCAGUUGUUCAAAAGCUUCCGGAGAGUCCGGAUCAACUUCACCACGCCCGAGGCCGCCGCCCGCGCUCGCAUCGAGCUGCACGAGUCCGAGUUCAACGGCCGCAAGCUCAAACUCUACUUUGCCCAGGUUCAAAAUGGCGACGAGGAUAUCGACAAGUCCUUCCUGGCGCCACCGCAGCCCGUUAAACAGUUCCUGAUCUCGCCGCCCGCCUCGCCACCCGUGGGCUGGAGUCAAAGCGAGGACGCCACGCCGGUCAUCAAUUACGACCUGCUAUGCGCGGUCGCCAAGCUGGGCCCCGGUGAGAAGUACGAGCUGCACGCCGGCACAGAGUCCACCCCAAGCGUCGUGGUCCACGUGUGCGAGAGCGAAACAGAAGACGAAGAAGCGGCACGGCCCAAGCAAGAAAUCGUGCAGACCAGACGUCCUGACGGAGCCCCGAAGGUCUUCAACUAGACCCCGCCCACUCUUCUACAGGCCGUUUGUUGACCUGCAACACAACCUGUCCUCUCUCUUUCUCUUUCUUUGCCUCUUCCUCUCUCUCUCUCUCGCCUCUGCACUCACGGAGAGCGCUGCUGCCGUCAUUCCCGCUCAAAAACAGACAAACAUUGCUCCAGUUUUUGUGGGCCAUCGGACGAGGCGGAAGGAGGGAAAACACGAGGGGACGCGCUCACACACAUGCAUCACAUUCCUACGGCGGGGCAACUUCGACUCCGCCCCGGCACGCCGAAGGUCAUUCAUUUACACUACGCUAAUCCAGUUAGCGCAUUAGCUUCCCCCACUCACCUCAUUGUUUCAUUUAGCGAUGACCGGUGUUUUUCGGGGCGAUUUGCACAUUUUUUGGAUCCCCUUUUUGCCACUCUUGUUCAUAUCAGCUCGCAUCAGGUUGCAUGUAUAUACUCUACAACGUGAAACAAUACUAAUAAAGUGAAUAUUUAACGUCACCCACACUGCACGAAGCGCCAUAACGUGACUAACAAAAUUGUCGUCGGCUGAAUAUUUCUCCCGUUUCGGAAAUUUUUUUUAACUACUAGAUGUGUGUUCUUAUUGUGUACUCGAUACACAUUUUUGCAUGUUUAAGACGCUAAAGUUGGACUUUCGGUUUUGCAUGCACAACUCCAAAAUGGCGUCUUUCUUCAUUUUCUACUCCUUCUUUCGGAUUUUUCAAACUCCUCCCGUCUGGUCCACAUUUUCUAUCGUUCAUUCAGCCCGCGACUCCUUUUUCGCAAGGGACCGUCACGCCGCUUUGUAUAUAGCGCUUCGUCUUUGUAGACGCUUUUCUAGUCCGGGAGGGAAAAGAUGCCUGAUGAGAUGUCAACCAAAGCAUUCUCACAUAUUUCCUUCAAGUGAGAGGGGAUGACAGUAAACGUGCGCGCUUGUUGAAUGCGUUUCCGCCCACACGAAUCUUUGCCUCAUGCUCUUUUGUUUUUAACCAUCACUUUUUUUGUCUCGUUUGCAACAAUUAUGAUUCAUUGUAGUUAUUUUAAAGCAGCAGUUUUUUUUAAUCCAUUCGUUUGCGCCUUAUUGCGUCACGAGGAACGAAAACCAGCGCAAAAAACUGAUUAUUUCCAAAAUAUUUAGAAUGCUUGGCUCUCGGGGGGGGGGUUUAAUUGUGAGCUCAUUGCCUGCCAUUGACAGCAAUAAACGUCCGAUUUAUUUACCAUAAUUUUCAGACUAUAAGCCACACUUGACUAAAAGCCGCCACCCACCAAAUUUGACCUGAAAUAAGCAUUUGUUUAUAGAAAAGCCGCACUGGACUAUAAGCCGUAGCCCUCCUCACUGUAUUAUAGGAUACUUACACCUAAAGAUAUUAACCGGUAACACUUUACUUGACAGAGGCAUCUUAAGACUGUCAUAAGACCAAAUGAACCACUAUGAAGCUUUGAACCAUUUGGCUGCACAGCUUCAUUGCUUCAAGAAGCUUCAUUUGGCCAUCGCUGCUCCCUUGGGAGAGACAGUCAACCUCUGCUGCCGCCUGCUGUCAACACUGUUGUCGUCUCACAUGCCUCCUAGCAUGCAUUGCAGAUGUAAAUAACAAUCAAAAUUCAUGUAACGUGCUAAUUAUUUCUUCAGUUACUGUUCCAGUUGUUUCAAUCAACUAUGCCAUAAGUCAAUUAUAAAUAUUGUAAACAUGUACAGUUGUGGUCAAAAGUUUACAUACACUUGUGAAGAACAUAAUGUCAUGGCUCUCUUGAGUUUCCAGUUAUUUCUACAACUCUGAUUUUUCUCCGAUAGAGUGAUUGGAACAGAUACUUCUUUGUCACAAAAAACCUUCAUGAAGUUUGGUUCUUCUAUGACUUUAUUAUGGGUUAACAGAAAAUGUGAUCAAAUCUGCUGGGUCAAAAAUAUACAUACCGUAUUUUUCGGACUAUAAGUCGCACCUGAGUAUAAGUCGCGCCAGCCAUAAAAUGCCCAAUGAGGAGGAAAAAAAACAUAUAUAAGUCGCACUGGAGUAUAAGUCGCAUUUUUGGGGGAAAUUUACUUGAUCAAAUCCAGCACAUAGAACAGAUAUUUCAUCUUGAAAGGCAGUUUGAAAUUAAAAUACAAUACAGAACAACACGCUGAAUAAGUGUACAGUAUGAUAAUGUUACAUGAUGCAUGAACAAUAAAAUGCGAACGUGGCCAGUAUGUUAACGUAACAUAGCUAUUAAGAGUUACUCAGAUAACUAUAGCAUCAAGAACAUGCUAACAAGUUUAGCAAACCAUCAGUGUCACUCCAAAACACCAAAUUAACAUGGGAAAUAAUAUAAAAAUGUGUUAAUAAUUUCACACAUAAGUCGCUCCUGAGUAUAAGUCGCACCCCCAGCCAAACUAUGAAAAAAACUGCGACUUAUAGUCCGAAAAAUACGGUACAUGGAUCUGAAAAAGCAAAUCGUUGACUUGAACAAGUCAGGAAAGUCACUUGGAGCCAUUUCAAAGCAGCUGCAGGUCCCAAGAGCAACAGUGCAAACAAUUGUUUGUAAGUAUAAAGUGCAUGGCACUGUUUUGUCACUGCCACGAUCAGGAAGAAAGCGCAAGCUAUCACCUGCUGCUGAGAGAAAAUUGGUCAGGAGGGUGAAGAUUCAACCGAGAAUCACCAAAAAGCAGAUCUGCCAAGAAUUAGAAGCUGCUGGAACACAAGUGUCAGUGUUCACAGUCAAGCGUGUUUUGGACUGAGAGGCUGCCGUGCAAGAAGGAAGCCCUUGCUCCAAAAGCGGCACCUUAAGGCGCAACUGAAGUUUGCUGCUGAUCACAUGGACAAAGAUAAGACCUUCUGGAGGAAAGUUCUGUGGUCAGACGAAACAAAAAUCGAGCUGUUUGGCCACAAUGCCCAGCAAUAUGUUUGGAGGAGAAAAGGUGAGGCCUUUAACCCCAAGUACACCAUGCCUACCGUCAAGCAUGGUGGUGGUAGUAUUAUGCUGUGGGGCUGUUUUGCUGCCAAUGGAACUGGUGCUUUACAGAGAGUAAAUGGGAUAAUGAAGAAGGAGGAUUACCUUCAAAUUCUUCAAGAUAACCUAACGUCAUCAGCCCGAAGAUUGGGUCUUGGGCGCAGUUGGAUGUUCCAAUAGGACAAUGACCCCAAACACACAUCAAAAGUGGUAAUGGAAUGGCUAAAUCAGGUUAGAAUUAAGGUUUUCGAAUGGCCUUCCCAAGGUCCUGACUUAAAACCCAUUGAGAACUUCAGAGUUGUAGAAAUAACUGGAAACUCAAGAGAGCCAUGACAUGUUCUUCACAAGUGUAUGUAAACUUUUGACCACAACUGUAUACUCAUGACGGCUGUCAUUUUGUGUGAUCCGGCUGGAUAUAAAUGGAGUUAGUGGCAUAAUUGAUGACAAAUGACACUUAAUGACAUCUGUCAAAAGUAUUCAUUAAUGCCCAUGAUAGUGUCAUAUCAUAAUUAAGACUGCCAUAAGACCAUCAUAUGACGCUGCUGUCAAAUAAAGUGUUACCUAUUAACCAAAAAAACCGCAAGCUUGCAGGACUGACUGUGAAUUCUUACAAUUUAGAGUUUACUAUUGCAACUGUUAAAGGGAUCCACGGAUAGAAAGACUUGUCGUUCUUAACAGAUAAACAUUAUUAUGAGUGAAAAUAAUUAGAGAAUGAAACCCCUCUUGAUGUUUUCAUUUUAGUCCAAUUUGUAAAAUUAGUUUAACUAGUAGGUCGCCAUUGUUGUUGACAUGGCAGGACGGUGGCGUCACUUGGUUACGCUGCCGGGCUUCCAGAAUAAGACUCUAGCGACAGAAACACGUCAUCUGUUCAACACUUUUAAUUUGAACCCGAAAGGAACAUUAAGGAGCAGGACAGUAUUGUCGAUAUUUCGGAAAAUGGGCAGCAAAAGCAAAAUGAACAGGAAAGACGGGGUAAAAUGAGACAAAACUGGUGUUCUGCCAAAAUGUGCUACACUGGCGAAAUGUCUACAAGAGGUGAAUUUGACACUCAGAUUACUACCGUGCGCUUUCAGCUUGUUUUGUUUAGAUGCAUACAGAUAGAACAUACUAAAGAUGCCUUAAGAAAAUACGUAAACGAAGUUAUAUCAAAUAAGGGCGGUUUAAAUACGCCACGUGACUAAUGUGGUCAACAGAUCAACAAUCUGCUUUAAAGCUACCACAAUAAAACACAAUGCUUAAAAGUAUGAGGGAAACACAUGCAAAAAGUAUUUUGAGGCAACGAAAAGGUAAUAAAAGACUCCAUAAAAACACAAAUGGUAAGUACUCGCCGCUUUCAAACCAUCUAUAAAAUAUGCCAUAUUUUUCUGUAAAUUAUUGUUGGAAUGGAAAGAUAAGACACAAGAUGGAUAUAUACAUUCAACAUACGGUACAUAGGGACUGUAUUUGUUUAUUAUAACAAUAAAUCAACAAGAUGGCAUUAACAUUAUUAACAUUCUGUUAAAGCGAUCCAUGGAUAGAAAGACUUGUAGUUCUUAAAAGAUAAAUGUUAGUACAAGUUAUAGAAAUUAUAUAUUAAAACCCCUCUUCAUGUUUUCGUUUUAAUAAAAUUUGUAAAAAUUUCAAUCAAAAAAUAAACUAGUAGCCCGCCAUUGUUGAUGUCAAUAAUUACUUACACAAUGCUCAUGGGUGCUGAAGUCUAUAAAAUCAGUCGCACCCAAGCGCCAGCAGAGGGCGGCAAAACUCCAUAAAACACAACAAGUGAGCAUUUCACUGUACUGUCAUUUAAAUCUGUCUGAGCGGGUCAUCUGCGUUAAUUGCGUCAAAUAUUUUAACGUGAUUAAUUUAAAAAAUUAACGCCCGUUAACGCGAUAAUUUUGACAGCCCUAAUAUAUAUAUAUAUAUAUAUAUGUAUAUAUAUUUUAAUUAAAUCGUUUUCUAAUUGUAUUUAACGUUACAGACAAAAUAUGUUACACUCAUCCAGAGUCUUUAGUUUAGGCUUAAGGUAGGGUUAUCAAAUUUAUCCCGUUAACGGCGGUAAUUAAUUUUUUUAAAAAUUCAUCACGUUCAAAUAUUUAACGCAAUUAACGCAUGCGCUGCACGACCCACUCACGCAUUGUCGUGUUCAAUCUGUAAUGGUGCCGUUUUGCCUAUGUACAGAGGUAAAAAGCAGCGUAAAAUCAGUAAAGUGAAUUUUGGCAGCCUUUGGAGCCUUUUUUUAAUUGGCUAAAGCCUUACAAUCCCUCUCCCUACGAUUAGAAAUAUCGUGGGAAGCAAUGUGGGGAAGAAAAGUAGUAAUUGAUCUUUUUCUUAACACCCUAUGUUAAUUCCCAACGCAGAGAACAUAUAUCAAUUGGUACCGCUACGCACAGUCAUGGUUGCACUUCCCAUCAUGCAUUUGGGCAGAACAGUUAAAUGGCUACAGUAUCAUUUACUGAAAGCUCAACAAAUACACUAGAUGGCAAUAUUUAGUCACAAUAUACAAAGUCACAAGUCUUUCUAUCCGUGGAUCACUCUCACAGAAAGAAUGUUAAUAAUGUAAAUGCCACAAAUACAGUCCUUAUGUACCGUAUGUUGAAUGUAUAUAUCCAUCUUGUGUCUUAUCUUUCCACUCCAACAAUAAUUUACAGAGAAAUAUGGCAUAUUUUAUAGAUGGUUUGAUUUGCGAUUAAUUGCGAUUAAUUACGAUUAAUUAAUUUUUAAGCUGUAAUUAACUCGAUUAAAACUUUUAAUCGUUUGACAGCCAUAAUAUAUAUUUAUAUAUAUUAAAAAAAGGCAUGUCCGAUAUUUUUUUGCCAAUUCCGAUACUUUGAAAAUGACGUGAUCGGACCCGAUCGAUCGGCCUACUAGAUAAAAUAAUUUUACAAAUUUUAUUGAAACGAAAACAUUAAGAGGGGUUUUAAUAUGAAAUUAUUAUAACUUGUACUAACAUUUAUCUUUUAAGAACUACAUGUCUUUCUAUCAGUGGUACCCUUUAAGUCCGAGGUUCCCUUUAAAUAUUUUAGUGCUUUUCGCACCACAAAUCACAAAAAAGUUGGACUUUGGAAAGCAAACAGACAUUAUAACAAAGAGAGUUACAAAAAAAUGGCCCUUUCGCUAAAUGCUAACUAAACAUUAGUGUUGCAUCGAUACCAAUUUUUGGCUUCCAGCUGUAUGGUAUCGGCCUACACUGUACUGAUACAACAUAUUCAGAAAAAAUAAAUACUUUUUUUUUUUUUUCCAACACUAAUUUACUGCAUAUUUAUUUUACUGUAAAGUAAUUUCUAGCAUAGCUUGCAGCCAUUUUGGGUAGGUUGACCAGCUGUUGGAAACUAAAUCUCAAAGAUUACACCAUCGGUGCAAUAUUUCUUAGUACUCCCCAAUACUGAUGAUGUCAUAUUAAGUACUGUAUCAGUACCGAUAAGAAUAUUGGUAUCGGUGUAACAAUACUAAUUAUUGUAUACAUUGGCUGUAUUACAUAUAAAUUUGUGCAUUUAGAAGCGAGGAAUAUUUUAACACAAAUAUUGGAGCAAAACAUACAUUGAUGCUUAUUGAAAUAUUAUAUAAUACAAUAUCGGUAAUACUGUAUAACUAUAUUGUUUGAACGCAGCCUAAGUGUUUGUGGUUGUCUCCUUUGCGAGCAGUUAGAAGGCGCAUUUGCUUUUUUUCUUCAUUCGUGUUCGUCCAACACCUUAACAGGCCUUCAUGAGCAUGUGGCACUCUUUUUUUGGUUGUUUUGUUUUGAUUUGUUUUGUGUUUUCUCUCCGUGUUAUUUUUUUUCGUGUUAGCCCUUGCAAACAAACGACGUGUGACGUUCAAACAGGAAGAAGCUCGGCAUGGCCCGACUUAAAGGGUCAGCGACGUGAUGACUUUUUUGUACUCUGUGCUCACAGACGUGUGUGUACGUGUAUAUUUUUGUACAUAUGCCAAAUUUUUAUGUUGCCGAGGCGCUGUCCCGGCAGUGUGUGCGUGUGCACGCGCACGCUUUGUCACGGCUUCUCUCUUGUUGACAAUUUAAAGGUGCAACCAUCAGAAAAAAAAAAGCUCAAUGAUGUGUGUCACUAUUGUAUUGUUUGUUAUUUUUGUCUAAUAUUUUGGUUGACAUGUGACUAAUAUGUCUUAUAUGUCUCGUACGGUAGAAUAAUCCAGAAAACAAAGUAGCAGAAUGAGCAAUAAUUUACAGUUGUAAUAAAUACCGGUAUGUGUAUUUUCAUGUUCUUUCUCUCUUAAGAGUAUCUGCUUCUAUUUGUGUAGUAUUGUUUCACAUAGAGAGCAUACAUAAAGACUUCUUC